UGGGAGCCUGAAUCAGACGCAGCAACUGAUGACAAAACUCUUUAGGAGGACAGGCAGUGAGGACGGCUGUCGACCAAAGAGGAAUGGGAUAAUGUGAUUAGAUAAGUCGAGUGGAAUAGGGAGAUUAAAACAAGGGUGAGCGAAAUAAAGAGAAAAAGAAGAAGGGAAAUGAAAGGAGGUAAUUUAAGAGAUGUGGAAUGAAAUAAGAGAAAUGAAGGGAAGGAGAUGAAGCUGAGAAAGAGAGAAAGAAAAUGGUCGAAAGAAAUAAGGUAGUUAAAGGAGUGGGAACGAAAUAAGAACACUAAAGGAAACGGAAUGAAAUAAGGGAGAUAGAAGUACUGCACUCUUUCGUAAAGCAUGUUGGCCAAGAGAGGGAUCUACAUCGUCGUCCCUCUAGUCCUCCUGGCAGUUGUCUACAAUAGCUGCUUGGUCGCGGAUUACUCGCGCUCUCUGAAGCCUGUUCUGGCGUUCAUGGGUCCAGAGGGAACAGCAACUUCUCAGACCAAAGGCAUGCCAACAGCAGCAGCACCGCACGUCGCCGCGUCCGAUGGCAGCUCUUCGAAGACGCUGCACCCCAACAGCACCUGGCCGUCAGCUUGGACGUCCUCGUCGAAGGCGGCUGGGGAAAGCGGGAAGGAAAACUCCGGGAGCGCAACCCACUCCGGGGAAGGAGGAGGCGGAUCGGCAGAGAAACCCGAAAAGAAGAUUCUUUUCUACACCAGGUUCUUCAGCGAGGGCUGGCAGACCAUCUUGGGCAACAGGACGAACCUGACCUUGCAAGGCUGCCCUGAAACCCGCUGCGUGUUCACCUUUGACCCCGCCGGCGACCAAGACGAUGCGGACGCCCUCAUUUUUCACGCCAACGAUUUCGACGCCGAGGCGGUGCCAAGGGCGCGGCGACCCCACCAAAGGUACAUCUGGUUCAACCUCGAGGCUCCAGCGCCCCAGGGAGCUCACCAGAGAGGCAGGCCCUGGGAGCGAGACUUCUUCAACUGGACCUUCACCUACAACAGGGACUCGGACCUGUUCAUGCCCUACGGGGCGUUGGCGCCGCUGCAGGCUGAAGAACAGAACCUCUCGGGCCGACCUGCCCUCUUGAACAAAAGCAGCACGACCUUCCUCAAGUACAUGCAAGACCUGAACAACAACGUCUCCCUCGAGGACGACCUCCAACACGACUGGUCCUCCUUCCUCCGUCGACCGAAAAUUGUUGCUUGGAUGGUAUCGAACUGCAACACCUGGUCAGGUAAGGUCGCGCCGUCGGGACUGGACCAAAUGAAUUCAGAUCGCCAAUUUCCGCAGGUGUGGUUUCCGAUGCUCCACGGGCUGGUGCCAGUAGUCUACGGAGGGGCUACAUAUGAGGACUACCUCCCGCCACACUCCUACAUUGAUGCAAGGACUAUGUCGCCAAAGGAUCUUGCUGAACUUCUUAUCAGGGUGUCCAACUCCCGCACGGAAUACGCUCGCUAUCACCUGUGGCGCCGCUACUGGAGACCCUCGCCGUUCCCCCCCUUCUGCGAACUCUGCUCCAAGCUCCACCGGGACAGCAGCGCAGCCACCGUGGCCGACCUGCCAGGCUGGUGGACGGCUGCCAACAACUGCACUUCGCCGAGAACGUCUGCGGCUUCGGGGGGUUCGUCCCUCUCGGAGAGGUUUUCGGGAGCGGCGAAGGUGCUGACCCUCUUGGCGAAGACGGCUCUGCAGGUCGUGCCUUGACUCUCGGGUGACCUUUGACCUCGGCUGGGCGAAUUGAGUUUUUACCCGAAGGGAAAAUGUAUUUUGUUGUGUUUCGAGUCAGAAGAGAUAUAUUUUGUUGUGUUUCGUGUCAGAAGAGAUUUAGCGAUAUGCACCUUGUUCCGUUUUUAUAGAAUUAUCACAUUUGCUAAGGCAUAAAAAAAAGAAAGAAAGAAAGAAAGAAAGAAAGAAAGAAAAACUUUGGUUCAGGUAACAGACUGCUUCUGGAGGUGGGUAGGUAGGUCGGGAUUUUUUUAUUUUCAUUUUGAGAAAGGAUGCAAUGAACCUGUACCUGGACACUACCUCACUCUAAACCCUCCUUCCCAGACCUAGAUAUUACACUGGAAAAAUAAAACUGAAAUUUGGAUUCAAAAUACAAAUCUUUUUUUUUUUGAAAGCCUCAGUCGAAGGGCUACCAUAUAUAGAGAUGAUGCACGCUCGCCACUUGCAAUAUUGCCGUGCAUCAGCUGUUCCCGCGGCACGAGGUUUGGUCAAUGUGUUUUGGUAGUUAUAAAUCUUGCCGUUGUGGCGCUAGGGGUUGUGUUUUUUGGCGGUAUUUUUGAAAAACGGUUUUAGAUUUGUGGCGGACGGGAGUUAACGA